AUGGCUGAUACGGAACAAGCACGAACAAGUAGUAGAUUUGGUCAAUUGAGUAAAAACAUGUUCUUUGCUCGACAUGUGGCACAACCCAGAUAUCUCAAAUUCAUUACCGGAACCGCAGGAGUACAAGUAUGUUGUGUACGAGACGAUGCUGUUCAAUUUCCUCCCAAACCAUCAGCUGAUUUUGUCAAGUCGCUUUUAUCAGAUCCCCGCGUAACAAUAGAUUUUCCACCUAAUAGUUAUAACGAAGCUGUGCUCAAAGCAUAUGCCGAACAAAAACAACCAAAAAAGCGCAGUGAAAGACGACUGCCUCCGAUAUCUGGAAGUACUGCAGAUACAGAAGCUUGGCGAAAAGAAUUAACACGUAUCGCAGAAACUGUUGGACUUAUAACAGAAGAUGAAAUGUGUGAAAUUCAAAAUCGGAAAGAGGCCAAGAAUCUAUUUCGAAGUAACACUAAUUUACUAUUGGACAUGACAAAUAAUAAUAACCAACAACAGGUACGUCAUAGCCCAAAUAAAAAUGAUGGCACAACAAUAACAACACCCCUAAAAUCAGCUGGUGAAUAUAGUCGCAGUACAGGUAGAUGGAAUGAAGUACCAAGAACAUUAAGUCGCGCUAGAGCCUCGUCAUCUCGCCAUCGUACACCAUUAUCAUCCAUUAUUCCAAAUCAUUUAUUUUGUGUAGAUGAAAAUGAGCGAGAAACAUGGAUGAUUCAAAUUUUAUGUCAAAUACUUCAAACAGAAAAUCUUCCAGAUAUUCAAUCUUGGCUCAUGUUAUCUACUCCUACAGAAAAAGAUGCAGUUCGACAACUUAUUACAAAAGCCCUUAAAGGAUUAGAAGAUAGUGGUCGUAUACAACCGACAGCUUAUUUUGAUCACAGUACAAAAACCACCCGACUAAACAUGGAUCCAUUAUCGUCAUUAGCUACUCCCAGAUUUCAAAAUAUUUCAUCGAAUCAACCAUUGGCAUCAUCACAAACAUGUGACAAUAAUUCCGAGAAACAACAUACAUCACGUCAAAGAACGAUUCCUCAAUCUUACUCUCAUGUCGGUAAAAAUGAGCGUGAAUUUCAAGGUCAAGCACGCGCAUUUAAAACAAAUUUAGUACCAAUUCAAGAGACGACAACUGAUAACGAGCAACAACCAUCAAAAAUACAACACCAUACAUUAUCACGCAUACCAAAAGAUCAACAAGACUCGUCACUAUCAGUGAUACGAGACGAUAAGAAAGAUGUGCAAGUUUUACGCAUACAUGAUCAUGAUGAAUCAGAAAAACCACCAUUUUGA